CGAAGGGCGUGGCCUGUGCGCCGCCCCGUACUCCGGAACCCGGAGCUGACCGCCUGAAGUCCCUGAGCUGUAGGCUCACGCCGUGUCCGUUAUGGCCGUCGCGCUGCUAGCCCGGACCUGUGGCCCACUCCGUGGAGCUCUCCAUCCUUGGGACUGGCGCAGAUUGCAUACUGUCUACCAGUCUGUGGAACUGCCUGAGACACAUGAAAUGCUGCGCCAGACAUGCCGUGACUUUGCCGAGAAAGAACUGGUGCCCAUUGCAGCCCAACUGGACAAGGAGCAUCUCUUUCCAGCAGCUCAGGUGAAGAAGAUGGGUGAGCUUGGGCUGCUGGCCAUGGAUGUGCCUGAGGAACUGAGUGGUGCAGGCUUGGAUUACUUGGCCUAUUCCAUUGCCCUGGAGGAGAUCAGCCGUGGCUGUGCCUCCACUGCAGUCAUCAUGAGCGUCAACAACUCUCUCUACUUGGGGCCAAUCCUGAAGUUUGGCUCUCCAGAGCAGAAGAGGCAGUGGAUCACCCCUUUCACCAAUGGUGACAAAAUUGGCUGCUUUGCCCUCAGUGAACCAGGGAAUGGCAGUGAUGCAGGAGCUGCUUCUACCACUGCCCGGGAAGAAGGUGACUCGUGGGUCCUCAAUGGCACCAAAGCCUGGAUCACCAACUCCUGGGAGGCUUCGGCCACUGUGGUCUUCGCCAGCACAGACAGGUCCCGGCAAAACAAGGGGAUCAGUGCCUUCCUGGUUCCCAUGCCAACACCUGGGCUCACACUGGGCAAGAAGGAAGAUAAGCUGGGCAUCCGGGCUUCAUCCACAGCCAACCUCAUCUUUGAGGAAUGUCGCAUCCCCAAGGAGAAUCUGCUGGGGGAGCCGGGGAUGGGCUUCAAGAUAGCCAUGCAAACCCUGGACAUGGGCCGCAUUGGCAUCGCCUCCCAGGCCCUGGGCAUUGCCCAGGCUGCCCUUGAUUGUGCUGUGAAAUAUGCUGAGAACCGCAAUGCCUUUGGGGCUCCCCUCACCAAACUCCAAAGCAUCCAGUUCAAGCUGGCAGACAUGGCCCUGGCUCUGGAGAGUGCUCGCUUGCUGACCUGGCGUGCUGCCAUGUUGAAGGACAAUAAGAAGCCGUUCACCAAGGAAUCUGCCAUGGCCAAGCUUGCUGCUUCUGAGGCUGCAACAGCCAUCAGUCACCAGGCCAUCCAGAUCCUGGGCGGCAUGGGCUACGUAACAGAGAUGCCAGCAGAGCGGUACUACCGAGAUGCCCGCAUCACCGAGAUCUAUGAAGGCACCAGUGAGAUCCAGAGGCUGGUGAUUGCUGGGCAUCUGCUCCGGAGCUACCGGAGCUGAGCCCCUUCUGAGGGCCCAGCACCUGCCUGCCUGGCUGCCUAUGGACCUAGAGAAAGGGCAGAACUACAGGCCUGAACUUUGAUGCCUGGUCAGAUGAUGAAGGGACCUGCCUCAUGCUGGCUCAUCGUGUCCCUUACUGUACCCUCCCAAAUUGUCUGUCUCAGGGAAAGGAAAGACCAAUUCCUGUGACCUAUGACUGAGGACAAAUUAGUCUCAAUUCAGAACUGGGCUCAGCUACCUCUUGACAACCUACCAACAGUGCCUCUUGCUUCAUCUGAGUAAUCUUCUGGAGAUGGAGCCACCAGAGGGCUGAGUGAUCCCAGCACUCCCCAGGGCUGUUCCUGUGGGUCCUGCUGCUCAGCGAGGACACUAGGGAUAGGGCAGGGUCAGAAGGAGGUGGACAAAAUGCCCAGGCCUUCCGUAGCAGAAGUUUCGGUAUCUCCUGCCCCAGGGUCCCAGUCUUGGGAAGGUCAUGAGGGGGAACGCGGGGGCAUAGGCCCAUGGUAGAGGUCACAUGAGUGCAGGCUGUGGUCUGCCAGGCCGGUGUGGGAACCACCUGUAGCCAAUAAAGCACACCUGUACCCUGA